AUGCACAAGAUCUCCAACUUCACGGGUCAGGCCCGUCAUGGCUGGGAGCGAAUGACACCCACCUUCGGUAUGUCGAGGCCUCACACCGAUAUGGCCUCCCACUCGCUGCGUCGACCUCAUGGAGCCCCGCCCAUGACUCCUCCUACUGGCCUCGAUCCCGUCGUCAACCUCUCCUUUAACGUGCCAUUUUCCUCCACCCUGGCCGGUCCCGAUGUCGACGAUGUCCUUCACGCCAGUCCCGGCGCCCUCCAACGCUGGUCCUUUCCCGAAGGCACCCCCGAGGGUGCCCCCGUCCACAGCCUCCCCGUUCACGCCAGUAACGUGGACGCCCUGCGGAGAUUAUGUCGCCAAAUCACCGAGAGCAGUAGUGGAAGGAUCGAGGCCGUCGUCACCUCCUCCGAACCGAAGACCGUCCCGUCUCUUCAGCGACGCCCCCAGGGCUUGGUGACCAAUGUCUGUAUCACCGGUGAAGGAGACACCGUGCGGAAGAUGCGGGCAAAGGUUCUCAACGAGACUCCUAUCCUACUGCGAUGUGCGACCGUCGAUGUGGAUAUUCAUCUCAUCAUGGAUGGCUCUACCAAGGGCAUCCGGGCGAGUGUCUUGGAACACCUCGAUACCCUGGCCGCUUACACCGGUACCGACAUCUUCCUGUUGAGCCCGAAGCUUCGUGAUACCGAUAGUGCGGUCGUGUCUUCCUACGGGUAUGCAUCGGACAAUGGGUUGGACCAACGCUUCCGGGUGUCCAUCUACGGUGACAUGGAGAGUGCCGAACAUGCCAAGACCCGGGUGUUGAUCAUGAUCGAUCAAAUUCUCAAACGCCACGUGGAUGCCAUGAAGCUCGACCUAACCAUGCACACCCUGGUGUGUGGCCGGACCCGCAAAAAUAUCAAACUCAUUGAGGCCGCCACCGGAACUGCCAUAUACUUCCCCCCGCCGUUUCCUCGCAUUUUCGGAUAUACUCCUCCGGGAGCCCACCGUCGGAGCGAAGAUGAGGUCUACAUCACCGGUGAUACCCAGGAACAGAUCGCUCGGGCCAAGCAGAAGUUGCGAGAAUUGGUCAUGGGAGUCAAAAUCUACGUCAAGGAUGUCAUUGUCAACUCCAACAAGAUCGAUAAUAUCUUGCUUGACCGCCUGGACAAAGUACGCAAGGUCAUGGAGAUGAACGGCUCCUAUGUUCUUUUCCCGCAGCUGGGAAGUCAGCGAGGUGUGGUCCGCAUCCAGGGUGCAGAGGUUCUCCAUGUCGAACGCACUGUCCGGGAGAUCAUGGCUUUGGCCGGUCAGUUCUACAGCGCCUCCUGGUGGCUCAUCAUGCCAGACCCCUCCCAGGGAGGCUUCCGGGCUCCUUCAGCGGCUGACGUCCGUACAAUGCUUUCUGACAUCUGUACGAACUCGGGCGCCGAAGUGAGCUUCGACAACCUGACCUUCACCAUCAAUGGGUCAGAUGACUCGGUCAAGUCGGCCAUGAUGGUGAUCAACCAGAUCCCUUUCGUUCAACGGAGUCAGUACCAGAUGCGUGUGAAGAUCGAAUUGGCGAAUGAGCACAAGGAAUUUGUCAGUGGCAAGAAGAACGGCAAAAUCAACAAGAUCAUGGGACAGAGCAAUGUUCAAAUCAUCUUUGACGGCUUCAACGAGUACAAUUUCCACAUCGAUGUCUGUGGAAACCAGUACGAAUCGACCAAGAACGGCUUGGAUCUUGUCGAGCAGGAGAUGCCCGCGUCGAUCUCGUUCCAUGUGCCUGACCAAUACCACAAGCGCAUCAUCGGCAUCGGUGGGCAGCACAUCCAACGUAUCAUGAAGAAAUACUCCGUCUUCGUCAAGUUCUCUAACGCCAUGGACCGUGGCGGAAUGGGCAAGGAGGACGAUGAUAUCAAGGUCGACAAUGUCAUCUGUCGGACGCCAGCGAGGAAUGCGCAAAGCCUGGACUUGGUCAAGCAGGAGAUCAUGGACAUGGUCGAAAAGGUUGAUGCAGAAUACGUUUCUGAACGUGUCGUGAUCAACCGGUUGUACCACCGUGAACUCCUCGCCCGCAUGUCCGAGAUUGACGAGCUCGAGAAGAAAUGGAACUGCAAGAUCGAGUUCCCCAGCACCGAGCUUGCGAGUGAUGUCGUAACCAUUUCCGGACCGGAGUACCAAGUGCCCCAGGCAGUUGAUGCCUUGCUGGGAAUGGUCCCAGAGAGUCACGAGCUGCUCUUCCAGAGCUCCGCCGAGUUGCGGGAGUUCUUCCAGUCGGCUGAUUUCCGCAAGGACUUGACACCACCGUGGGAUGUCAACACUGAUCCCCCCACUUCCGAAGGGGGCUCGGUCUCGCCCACGCCCGCUCCCGAAGAUCGUGUGGUGCUGGGUUACACCAGAAACAACGCUGGUGGACUCAAGGACGCCAUCGACUUCCUGAUCUCCCGCCUGGUGGCCCAUGGAUUGGACGCGACGACAGUCAAAGGGGCCAUCCCACGCCCCAAGUCCGACUCUUUCGAAGAGUCCUUGCCGUUCUUCGACUCCAAGCUGUUGCAGCAUGCGCCCGCUCCCAUCGUGACCGACUCGCCGACCAGGCCCAAUUUCUCCGAUGAGACCAGUGAGCGCGGAUCGAUCUUCGAGAGGCUCCGCAAGCCCGGAAGCAUCUCCUCGUUCUCCUCGUUCAUCGGGCGCAAGAACCACUCUGCCUCUCCUGGCUCGUUCUUCAAACACGCCUCUAGCAAUGCCUCCAAGGCAUCUCUUGUUUCCAUGGAGUCCCGGGACAGUGGCUAUCGCAACCCAUGGAAUGAUUCCGGUGUGAAUCUACCCGAGGACGACGUGCCUGUCCUGGGGAGUUCCCACAGCCACAGCAGCAGCAAUGGCUGGCCCGCGCGCUUCGAUACCAAAUUUCCAUUCGGUACCGCGCCUGGGGACAUGACACCCAAGCAUGACCCCCGCGCUUCUUUUGAUAGUGGUCGUCCUAGCACUUCCAAUUCUACUUCUGGAUACCCGGCCCCCAUCGGGCCACCGCGUUAA